AGAAACAGAUAAACGCACAAAACACCAUUAUAAACAUGGAGUGUCUGUUAUUGUGUAUGUGGACUUGGGUGCUGUUGGUAUUGAUGGGAAGUGGAAGAAGCAAGGGGUGCUUGGAAGAAGAGAGGAAUGCACUGCUCAUGAUUAAGGCCGCCUUCACCCACCCAAAUGGGUCUUCUCUUCCGUCGUGGCGCGAUGGCAAUGGUGACUGUUGCGGCUGGGAACGCGUGGAGUGCAAUAACACCGUUUCGCGAGUGACUGGAUUGUAUCUGAACCGGACACGCCCGGACGCAUUGGGAAAGCGCUAUUGGGAAUUGCCUAGGCUGGUUAUUGACGCGUCUUUAUUCCUUCCCCUGGAGGAACUUCAAGUGUUGAAUUUACGUUGGAAUUCUCUCUCAGAUUUAAAUGGAACGCUACACCUGAGGAAAUUGAAGAGGCUAGAUCUAUCUGAAAAUUAUCUACAACGAGUCCCCUCGUUGUACAAGCAAACUUCAAUGGAGGCCCAAAAUUUGUCUUCCAACCAGCUUGAAGGUGUGAAUCUGGAGACUCUGGAUCUUUCUAGUAAUGAUUUGGUGAAUGAUGCCCCUGCGGACAUUGCGAGGAUAACAUCUCUUAAGACCUUAGACAUAAGUGAUUGUGGACUGAAUGCUUCAAAGUUAUUGGAAGGUACUUCUCUGAAAAUGCUUUCAUUUAUCACCUUCUUAGGAGAAAAUAAGAUAAGAUUGUCUUGAACAUAGAAGGCAUGACUGCAUUAUAUUCGACGUCCUUUGGAUCAUAUUUUGGCCGCACAUUUUCUUCAAAUAACUUAGCGCCAACAACUUGCAUCUAAGUAAAUGAUAUCAUAUAGUUGUUUGUCUUAUGCUUGAAGUGGGAAGGAUUUAGUUAAAUGUCUAUGGAAGCCAUAAAUAAACCCAUGUCAUGCUCAAUGUCUUUAUUGUGGGAUCAUGAUGUCGGUGAUCCUAAGAAUUUUGGUCAUUUUCAAUUUAAUCCCUGAUCUUUAAAUAUUGAUGUUUAGGCUCCAUGCUUUUACAUUUGUGAAUCUUUUUUACUAGCCAAUCUGAAAAAUAGUGUGAUAACAUAAUAGAUGUAAGGAGUUAUUGCUUAGAAGAUAAAAAUAGUCAAAAUAACAAUAUACUAGAGGGGUUCAAAUAUUGUGCUGGAAUCAUAAUAAAAUUAAAUGCAAAAGUUAAUCGGGAAUCAAAAUCCAAAAAAUCCUUACAGUUUACAUAUUAAACCACAGUGAUGGUCAAACUUCAGGGAUUGCAAGUGUUAAUAAAUUCAACUAGGCCAUGAAAAUUAUAUAAGAAACUGAAAAUUCGUAUCAGUAAACUAAGAUGCAUAAAAUCAAUCAAAGAAAACAUUUCUUAUAAUGGAUAAAUUAAUUAAUUUGAAAAAUGUUUUUUCCAUUAGGAUAAACAAUGUAUAGAAUAGAAUAAAUAAUUACAAUAUUAAAAACUCAUUCAGCCUUAAAAAACCUCGGCAUCUUUUGCACCAAUGUCUAUUGCUGCCUCCGCCCACUACGGCACUCAUGUCCAUCAUCACACCACGAAGCUCGGUCGCCAUUACCACCGCCAGAAGACCCUGCACGACCUUUGGUGUGAACUACGACGACCUAAGAUCUAAAGUGUGUCCUCAAUUUUGAGGCCGUGAUGCUCAAAACUGAGGUCACGUGUGUCACAUCUAUGGCCCGGAGGGUGGAAUGGACAA